AUAAUUUGAGUCAUCCGAUCUAAUUUAACAAAUUGGCGAUUCAUUUCAUCGAAACGGUUUCCUCCCUCAUCCCCGGACCUUUCUUCGGCACCUGAGUGAAAAGCGAAACACAAAUUGAUUAAAAUGAAACACAAACUGAACACAUCGGACACCAGCGCAACUUGUCCUUUUAGACCAACUUUGACACGGAACACAUAUUUUUGGAACGGGAACAUAUGUUCCGGUUACCAAACGUUGUCUGUGGUGCACGCAAAUACGGUCUCUCGACAUCGCUUCACUCUCUUCACGUUUCCGUACUCAAGGGGCACGUCGAAGCUUGUCACGGAGAUCUCGCUCCCACCUUCCUGAUUCUUGCUGGGGCAGAGCUCAUCGAGAGAGAGAGAUGCCUGUCUUUCCCUGCACCACGCUUGAUCCUGCAGUCUCGCUUCUCCCCAAUAUCCCAGUGGCACUGCCUCCUGUUCGCUCACUUGUGCCUUCACUACCAACCUCAAUUCUGAGAAGUGGGCAACCUGUUUUCGCACCUCUCUGCCCUCAACGGCUACUUUUCACUCCUCUCAUUGAAUCCGCCGCUUCUUGCCCAUCAUCUUCGCGCCGGAGUUACCCUGCCAAGAGCUGGGUCAAUGCUGUCGGGAAGGGUACUGAAGCCUCCACGCCGAGUGCGAAGGUCUCUCCGGUGGAAGCUCUUCGAAGGCUUCUUAGUUCUCCUGGUGUACAUCAGGGACCGGCUUGCUUCGACGCCCUUAGUGCGAAGCUUGUAGAGAUGGCGGGAUUCGAUUACUGUUUCAUGAGUGGAUUUUCUGUUUCAGCUGCUAGGUUGGCAUUGCCUGAUGUUGGCCUCAUCUCGUAUGGAGAAAUGGUUGAUCAAGGAUGUCAAAUAACAAAUGCUGUAUCUAUCCCCGUCAUAGGAGAUGGAGACAAUGGAUAUGGAAACCAUAUGAGUGUCAAGAGAACAGUCAAAGGAUUCAUCAAAGCUGGAUUUGCGGGGAUUAUACUUGAAGACCAGGUCUCUCCAAAAGCAUGUGGUCAUACACAAGGGAGAAAAGUGGUUUCAAGAGAGGAGGCUGUUAUGCGCAUAAAAGCAGCUGUGGAUGCCCGCAAUGAAAGCGGAUUGGAUAUAGUUAUAGUGGCAAGGACCGACUCUCGGCAAGCAAUCUCCUUAGAAGAGUCUCUCUGGAGGGCAAAAGCCUUUGGUGAUGCUGGAGCAGAUGUUCUCUUUAUUGAUGCACUUGCUUCCAAAGAAGAAAUGAUAUCUUUCUGUGAGGUCUAUCCUUUACUUCCAAAAAUGGCAAACAUGCUUGAAGGUGGAGGCAAAACACCAAUAUUUACUCCUGUCGAACUUGAUGAGAUUGGAUUCAAACUUGUGAGCUAUCCACUUUCCUUGAUUGGGGUAUCGAUUCGGGCAAUGCAGGAAGCUCUUGGGGCAAUAAAGAGUGGUCGUCUACCACCCCCUAGUUGUUUGCCAACAUUUGAAGAAAUCAAGGAUACAUUAGGAUUUAAUGCCUAUUACGAAGAAGAAAGACAGUAUUCCACUAAUGAUAGUCAGUAUUCUGAAAAAGGGUCUCAGCCAAGAAUUGACAGUUCGUCUCAGCUCAACCUGCAGGAAGGAGGAGCUGAAGCGUUUCAAGAAGCUAUUGUUGAAGUGGUAACCCCAGAGGUCUACAAUGACUCUGAAGGUGAUAAUACUGGGGGUCAAUUCUCUGGUAUUUGGUCCCGUUCCUUGAGGAUCAAGAUCACAGGACGUGAUGGUCUUGAGAAGCUUGAUGUCAGGAUCCCAGCUGGGUUCUUGGACGGAAUUGCGAACAUAAUACCAGGACUGGGGGGUGUUAAUCUGAAGGCCAUGUUAGAUAAAGCAGUUGAGACAACAAAUGGUGAUUUAGAGAGGGGGGUGAAAUUGCUAGAUUUUAUUGAUCAAAUGGGUGACAGAAUUCAGGUUCUCUUGGAAUAAGUUUCCUUCUUUUUGCGGGUUUCUCUGUCCAUUAUAUUCAAACGUCUUAAAACUAUUCAUUAAUGGGAAAUUGCAGCUUUAAAUA